CUUCACCUCAUACCUAAUAGACAACAAUUAGUCAGUCAGUCCACAAAUAGUUGAUCAGUCCACAAACUUCACCUUUGCAACAGCUUAUUGAGUGUUUCUUUUUUUAUUUAAAGAAAUUAAAUACAGAUUUAGAUUUUCCAGUGUUGCUCAAAUCGAUUCUGUAGUUGUACAGGUUUUACAUCGAUUUGAACAUACCUUAUAACAAAGCUGACGAUAGUAUUCCUGAGAAUUUUGCACUUUUGGGGAGGUAGCGGUGGACGCAUAAAUGAUAUGAAGAAGAAAGAGCUGAAGAAACGGAAAAUUGACGUGAAAGUCGCUUUGAUAAAUUCUGACUUGGAUACUCUAUCCCAAAUUGGUAGAACAGGACAUGGAUUUCUUAUGAAAAGCUUUCGAAAGCCUGCUUGGACUCUCCUUAGUGGGCUCUCUUCACAAGAUCGAAUGGAAUGUUUUGCUAAAACAUCCGUCCAAUCUUCCUAUGCAGACCAAGUUCAAGUCCAUUUGGAUUCGGAGAGAUCGUUUUUCCAGUAUAAGCUGAAUCCAAUACUGCUUCGAAAACAUCGUUCACAAUUGAUCAAAUUACUAAGUACAAUCUUUAAGCGAUACCCAGAGUUGUGCUACUAUCAAGGCCUUCAUGACAUUGCACAGAUUGUGUUGCUUACACUUCCUUACUCCCAUGCUCUUCCUUUAAUGGAGCAUCUAGUUUUUCAUCGCUUACGAGACUUUAUGCUCCCAACGUUGGAUGCCACGAUCAAACAACUACAGCUCGUUUUAGAGAUUAUUCGGUAUCGUGAUUUGAUUCUCUACGAAUAUUUAAAAAAGGCCGACGUACAGUGCUACUUUGCGCUGUCUUGGUUAAUCACAUGGUUUGCGCAUGAUAUCUCCGAUGUUUCUGCUGUGGGCAGAUUGUUUGAUUUUUUUUUAUCCUCCCAUCCAUCUGCGGUCGUGUAUACCUGUGCUCAAAUAGUCAUGGAUGACCGAAAGAAAAUCAUCGAGCUUUUAUUGGAUAAUAAUGGAGCAGAUAUUCUCCACACCUAUUUAUGUAAACUGCCAUCGAAACUCGAUGUCGAACAACUCAUUCACAAUACUUGCGCAACAAUGGCAAGCAUCAAUUUUCCGUCUUUGCCACUGGAAAAGCUUAGGAUAUCCCCUUUUAGUUCCCUUCGAAAUCAGGGUCAACCUUGGGAAUAUUCGAGCGACAAAAACGGCAUGGUCGUGUUUCGCUUACUACGUGCCGAUCAUCAUGACAGUGGCACUUCCAAACAGGACUGGAAAUUACCGCUGUUUUUUCACGAGAAUAUUUUCAGUGGAUGCAAUAUGAUAACAGCAAUAACAGUUAUUGGUGUUGGUAUCGUGGCUUCUCAAUUAAUGCCUAAAUCCUCUUCCAACUAAUAAUCGAGGCCUCUGACCAAUCCCAGUAUACUAACAUUUGACUUUUUUGACAUCCAUUUUUCUUUUUUUCCUAAUUUAUACUCUACUUUUUUUUAAUUUGGUUCAUCCUAAUCCUCCAUUUGAUCGAUCAUUGAAUGCGACCAAAUAACGUUGGUAUUUACUUUUGUUUCUUUGCAAAUCCUCUUUUUCUGGAAGUGUUUUAUCAAGGCUUCUCUUUUCGAUUUUUCAUCAUUGUUAUUAGUUUUAAUUCCCGUAUUCUAUUCUUCGUUCUGGGAAGUUAUAAUGAAUAGUGUCCUUGAUAUCCUCUUAUAAUUUUGCAUUUAGGAUUUCAUUAAUUAUAUAAAUAUAUUUGUUCGAUUACUGUAUGACAAAUGAGAAUGGGGUUUUGUUUUUGGAUUGGUAUACUGUGUGCUCGGAUCAGUGUUCACAUAUGUUCACCACUCAGAGCAAGGGUUCAAUAUAUAUUUAUAAUAUAUUAUUUACAUAGCAGGAUAUAGAUCAUUCCUUCGAAAUAAGGGAAUGAAUUUUCGAACAUGUUCAACAAGGUUUAAAUCGACGUUGGCGAAAAUGAGACCAUUAGGAGAUGCAAGAUCACUGUAUUGAGCAACGACCGUUCCUACAUAGGUUAGUAAAAAGAAAAUAAUGUUCAAAAGCGCAAAGCUUGUCGACUUACCCCAAGGAUCAACAAUCUAUAAGCAAACGAGUGCGUUAGCAAACCGUAAUAAAUACAUAUACACUUACCAUAGCGUGACCAUAACUAGCUCGUAUUUCAUUAUGGCUCCCCCCUUGAGCAGAAGCAAAAAUAUAAGAUUGAGCAUCAAGCGCACGGGCCCUAAGCAAAACUUCCCAAUGAGCAGCGCCUGUCUUUUGCGUAAAAGCACUUGGGUAAGUUAUAAUCUGUGCUCCCAUGUUACGAAGUUUUAAGGCAUGUUCUGGAAAUCGUAAAUCAAAGCAUAUAGCGGACCCGACUUUUCCUAAUGGAGUCUCGAACGGGGGAAGAAUUGCAUUACCUGCUACAGUAGUAUUUGAUUCCUUCAAAACUGGACCAUUUGCAAUGUCGACGUCGAAUAAAUGAGUCUUGUUGUAUCGCUGAACAAUUCCCUUAUCGGGUUCUAUAAGAAGAGAACUGUUUAGUAGCUUGUUUUCGAUAGCAGAAGGCUCAUGAACCCCAAUCUAAAGUACAAUACGUAAGCAAAAAUUGAAAUUGAGGAGCAAAAAGAACAGCUUCAUACUUGUACAUAAAUUGAAUUCUGCUUAGCUUCAGCGCAUAUUUGGUUUACAAAGGCUGAACAGUCAGGGUGACGACUUAAUUGUAAAGCUUCAGAGCUCUAGUUAUCAUUUAGGUCAGCUGCAAAGAUGAUUAUGGGGAAAGGAGUGUAGUCUGAAAAUUGAAGCGUACAUUGUGAGCAAUAAAGUCAGAAGCUUCAGGAAAGAAAACGCAUUUCGCUCCCUUGGAUGCAGCCUCUCCAAUUAGGUCUUUACAUAUUUUCGCAUUUUUUAAUAUAUUCGAAGUAGAAGUAAUUUGAGCUACUGCUGCCAGCGACAUGAACGAAAAGAAAUAUAUG